AUGCCAGACUUGAACCACCCAAAACUCGAGUCGAGAGUCACAGUCUCACAGAGUAUUGUUAUUUCGUCCAAAGGGAGAAACUGCGAUCUCGUAGCGCGAGGAUAUGACUGGGCGUCUGAAGUUGCGACUCAGGGCUCCUGGAUUCCUGGAAGUCGGGUUCAGGGUGCCGACCUGUCUCACAUUGUUAUUGCGAAGUACAUGUGUAGUCGAGUUGCGGCUGGGCCUAGUCCUCUCGAGGAUAGCACAGAAUCCGGUACUGCACCAUGUCGCUGGAGCUCGGUCAAGGCUGACCUGUUGGUGAACUGCGCUCAGGUGCUGGUCCGUAGUGCAGCUGCUGAUAUGCUCGUCGAUGGGGCAUCGCUGGCGCUAGUGCUGGCGUUGUGCCGGGGCUGGAUGUGA